GGCCAUUGGAGAUGCUGAAGAGUUAAAUCGAAAGAUCCAUUGAUCAGUUUAGGCAAAGACUGAACCCUUGUCGUCCGACAAAUUUCACCCGUAGCCACUGAAUUUCUCUCUUCAACACGGCAAUUAGGGUUUCUGUUUCUCACUUCCCUGCUCAAAAUUGGACCCAGUCCUUCGAUCGCGAUGGCGAAGACGAAGCCGGGGAAAAAAGACGUUGAUUCCUACACUAUAAAAGGCACCAACAAAGUUGUCAGACGUUUCUGGUUGGUUACUUGCAAGUUUGAAAUGCCUAAAUGCUGUCAUUUUAACUUGGUUUGGAGCCGGUUGUUUGUACACGUGUAACCGGGCAGCUCAAUGAUCUCAAUUCGAACGGAAACAAAGCUGGAGAUUGUGUGUUGAUGAGACCGCCUGAUACGGACAGGCCACCAUAUGUGGCACGAGUCGAAAAGAUUGAGGCUGACCACAGGAGUAACAUGAAAGUGCGGGUGAGGUGGUACUACCGCCCUGAGGAAUCAAUUGGAGGCCGUAGGCAGUUCCACAGUUCCAAGGAGCUAUUCUUGUCGGACCACUACGAUGUACAAAGUGCUCACACCAUUGAAGGAAAGUGCAUUGUGCAUACGUUUAAGAACUACACCAAGCUAGAGAAUGUGGGGACGAAUGAUUACUUUUGCAGAUUUGAGUAUAAGGCUGCUACUGGAAGCUUCACUCCCGACCGUGUUGCUGUAUAUUGCAAGUGUGAGAUGCCUUAUAAUCCAGACGAUCUCAUGGUGCAAUGUGAAGGAUGUAAAGACUGGUUUCAUCCUUCUUGUAUGGGCAUGACUAUUGAAGAGGCAAAGAAGCUGGAUCAGUUCAUGUGCUUGGAUUGUUCAUCCGACGAUGAUACCAAAAGGUCUUUGAACUCAUUUCCUGUAUCACCAGCUGCUGAGACAAAGGUGGAGGCGAAGCGAAGAAAGAGGUGAAUGAGUAGUGCAUGAGUAUGUACGAAGAUUUCUUGCAUAGUAGUGCACUAUUUGUUGUUGUACCGUGGAAUUGUACAGUGCAGAGAGAGGGAAAACUAUAAGACAAGGCCUGAGGCUUUUUCCUAAUUUAUGCUAACCUAGUUUUCAUCA